AUGGACUUCCUACCAGAAAACUUUCAAACGGUUCUCCAAAAUCCCACCUUCACAUACCUCCAAAGCGCAACGCAAAGCCAUCUAGUGUCAAAACUCACACAUCUACGGACAAUGGUUGUUCAACCCUAUCUCAUCGAACAGCUGUCAGAGUUCAUGGCAUCUUACUCAGCCUCGGCGCCAGAUCUUCUCACAAUCUUCCUUUUGGCGAUCAUUCUCUUCCUCUCUCUGAAGCUUCUGGGCUACGCCUAUCGCAUCGUCAUGUUCUGGGUCACCCUCGUCUUCAGACUCGUGUUCUGGGGCUCAAUUAUCGCUCUCGGCUAUCAUGUCUACAACGCAGGACCUGAGAAGGCCUACCAGGAUUUCGGAUGGCUUUGGGGCUUGCUUUAUGGAUUUGUUGAUGACUUCCAGGAGAAGGGCAAAACUGCGGCCGCGGCUUAUGUGGCUAAUUAA